UAAACAAAAACAGUUUGUUUUGUUUUUUUAUUUCUGUUUUAAUAUAUAAAAUACAUUUUUUUACUUAAUUUCUGUUUUUUACCUAUGAAAAAAUUUAUUAUUAAUUUCUGUAUUAUUUCAGUUAUUUCAUAUUUGCUUAUCAAGCUUAUCAACAAUGUAAAAAAACGACGUUUUUUAUGUUUUUUAUGAAACAACGUUUUAUUUAAAAUAAAAUAUUAUAAUAUCCGAAAUUAUUUAAAAAUCAGUUAAAUAAUCCGAAAUUUUUAUGAGCGUUUUAUAAUAUUAAAAUAAAAUAUUAUAAUAUCCGAAAUAUUAUAAAAAAAAUAAUUAACAGUUUCAUUAUUUUGUUGGGUUAGACAUGUUAACUUUUUUGAAAGUGUAACAUGAGGGGGCGAAAAUUAAUGGAGUUGAAAUUAUUAUUCUUAAUAAAUAUCCGAAAUUAACGAAAACUAAAAAAUAUCCUUGACUAAAUAUUUAAUAAUUAACUAUUCUUAAUAAAUAUCCGAAAAACUCAAAAACAUAUAAACAUUCAAUAUCUAAGGCAUGCAUUUUUAAAUUAAGAUAGAACAUGGUUAAGCAUAUAAACAAAUGAUAUACACAUAUUAUGAAACGAUAAAUCUAAAGCAUGCAUUUUUAAAUUAAGAGAAUGCAUAUGAAUAUACGAACAAUAAAAUUACGAGCAUGCAUAUGAAUAAAUUACGAGAAUGCAUAUAAAUUACGAGAUUUUUAAACAAUAAAUCUAGAGCAUGAAACAAUGAAUGCAUAUGAAUAUACAAACAAAUCAUUGAAACAUAAAUAUUUUUAGCAUGCAUAUUCAAAGAAGUAAAACAUGCAUUUGAGUGUAUAAUAUUACAAACAGUAGCAUUUGAGUAUAAUAUUCAAAGAAAUAGAACAUGCAUUUUCCAAUAAUUUAAGUAUAUGGAAAUAUGUGAGUAUGUAAGCACAUAAACACAUGGGCGGACCGUAGUAGAGACCCGGGGGGCUACCGCCCCCCCAACAAUUUUUUUUAGUGUAUAUAUAUACGAAAAAUGAUUUUUGCUCUUCCAAAAAGUAUUUUGAACCCCCCCAAAAAUAUUUUCGCCCCCCCCCCCCCCAAAUGACUUUCCUGGGUCCACCCCUGCAUAAACAUAUAGAACGUAUAUGAGAUAUGAACAUAUAAACAUAUUCAAUGCAUGAUAACUUAUUAACAUAUAAACAUUAAAUUAAACAAUUAAACAAUAUUAAGAAAAACAUGCAUUUUAUUUUUGGCAUUUUAAAACAUUUAUUCUAAAAUAUUCAGAAAUUAAAGAGUUAGAAACAUAACCUCAAUGAAGGAGAAGAAGGAAAGAAAUUAAAGGGAAAGGAGUGAAGGCCGGCUUCGAAGGACGGCGGCAGAGGUGGAGAUAAUCCGCGGUGGCCAGAGAGAUGUGUGCGGCGGCGGUCGGCGGGUGUAAGAGAGGCAGAAGGGCGGCUGUCGGCGGGUGUAAUAGAGGCAGAACGGCGUUUGGGAGGGUGGCGGUCGGCGGGUGUAAGAGGCACAAGUGCUUUGGGAGUAGAGAGUAAGGGAAAAAAUUGUUAGGGUUUGCUGAAGAAUUGGGAGCGUAAGGAAAAAAUGGCUAAGUGUCCUUUAUAUAUUAGGGGUUGUCACGGACCCAUCCGUGACAACGCCCGUGACAACGUAAUUACGGAUUUUGAAAUUUGAAUUUGUCACGGAUUAAUCCGUGACAAAAUCAUCGGAAAUUGAAAACUGCGGGACGGCGGUCGAGGCGGCAGGGAACGGCAGACGAGGUAGCAGAACGGCAGGUUGACCGGUUUGUCACGGGUCCAUCCGUGACAAAUCCGUGACAAAAUUCAAAUUUUUGAAUUUUGUCACGGAUUUGUCACGGAUGGAUCCGUGACAAACCGAUGCAGGGAAUAUUAAAGCUUUUCAGCCUUUUUCAGACGAGGCGUCAGCUACUUUAAUUGUCACGGACCUAUCCGUGACAAAUUUAAGUAUAAAUAUGUGCUUAGAGUCCCAUUUUUUCAGUGCGAAAAAAUGGCUAAUCCAGAACCAGAUGUGUGGAAGUUGAUCAGUAGAAGUGUACAACGAUUAAAACAAGUUACACAGUUGAUGAAGCCUCGAAAUGCAGAAGCAGUUCAAAGCAUCCGUGAGCUGAUGAGUAGACCGCUUGAAAGCUUUGGCGAUAUUGUAGACUAUGAAUCAGACUCAUACAACGUUUCACAAGGGAAAAACUUGUGUAGGACACUUUUACGUGCAGAACAAUGUUCGGAGUAUAUGAUACCUAUAAACGCGGAAGCUGCAGAAACAAUUAACGAGCUACUUGAUAGGCCUUUAGAUGAAAGCUUUGACGCUAAUGAAUAAUGUUGUGUUUAUUUGUUUAUCUGUAUUGUGACUUGUUGAAUGUAAUAAAUGAUAAAAAAUUGUGUGUUUUCUACUUAGUUUUUAAAUUUAAUAAAUAAAUUCAUGUUCUUG